CAAAGCUUGUGAUCCUUGCUAACAACUGCCCUCCGCUCCGCAAGUCUGAGAUUGAGUACUAUGCUAUGUUGGCGAAGAUCACUGUCCACCACUACCAUGGAAACAAUGUUGAUUUGGGAACUGCGUGUGGUAAAUACUUCCGAGUCUGCUGCCUGAGUAUCAUCGACCCUGGCGAUUCCGACAUCAUCAACGCAACACCAGCUGGCCAGUAAACCUGUGUAUGCCAUUUUCAGUGUCUCGUCUGAUGUGUCAUCUGAGGUGUUCUAGAGUGUAGUUCUUGCUGGACUUGAUUUGGUCUUGUGCACAUCAUUUAUCAGUCAAUCAAGUUUGAUGGAACUAUGGUUUUGGAUCAAAA